CAAAGAAAAUUCAAUAGAUCCCACUGUUACUUUUCUAGUAUUCCUCAAGUUAAAUACCCGAUCUCAGCCUCAUUAACAAAAAAUUCAGAAACCCCUAUCAACAAACAAUUCCAUAAUAUCCCUCUUAGAUAUGGUUCCAACUCCCCAAAGUGAUUUACCUCUUAACGAGAAUGAUUCACAAGAGAUGAUAUUAUAUGAACUCCUCAAUGAAGCUAAUCGCCUCAACAUACCAUAUUUAUCCCAAAGAAACCAAUUUCUUCCCAGAAAUCAUAUCCUUCGUCCAACACAAUCCAUAGGCAAGAAAUACAGAGGCGUAAGAAGGCGUCCGUGGGGAAAAUAUGCAGCUGAAAUUCGCGAUUCCGCUAGAAAAGGUGCUAGAGUAUGGUUAGGCACGUUCGAAACUGCUGAAGAAGCUGCUUUAGCUUAUGAUCAAGCGGCUUUUAGAAUGCGUGGUGCUAAGGCACUGCUCAAUUUCCCAUCAGAAGUAGUAACGUCCUCUGUUCCAGUUGAAAGAUUACUACAUAAUCCUCCAAGUUUGCGCUCAAAGUGCUCAAAUAGCUGCACUACUUCUAAUUCAAAUUCAAAUUCAAGUACAAAUAAUGAAGUUUCAAGCGGGUCCAAUGCAUAUCAUGCUCAAGAUACUAAGACAGAAUUGUGCAGGGAGAAUUUCUUGGCGCUCUGAACCAAUUGCUCAAUCGAUGUUAAAUUGUACUAGCUAGGAGUUAUAGUGUGUUAAUAACGUCGAGCACAAUUUGGACGUGUUAGAAUGUCUUUGUUAGAUAUAUCUACCUAUUCGAGUUUUACUUUCACAUUAGCUUUUUUUUUUUGUUUGCUGCGAUGCACGCUAUAAUCAUGUAUCCAUGUGUAAAAAGAUUGCUUAGGAUAAUUAACAUGUUUACAAAUUGUAAUCU